CCGGUUUACAUUUUCAAUAUGGCGACUUUUGUCUAGACCUCUUUGUUUGCAAACAUUGCAUGUUCGUCGACGAAAGAUAUAGAUAGUCAAUAUGACUGAACAACAGGGACAGCCAUCACAGUCCCAGACCCCACAACAGUCUCAACCCAACCAACAACAGCAACAACCAGCAGCAGUGUCACAGCCAGCACCAACUAAUGUAACUACUCAGUCACAGACAGUGCAACCACAGACUCCAGCUCAGAAUGUCCAACAACCAACUCAACAACUACAACACCAAAAUCUUCAGCAACAGGUUCAUCAAGUACAACAAGUUCAACAGACAACACAACCUUCACAGCAACCACAGCCUCAACAACAACAGCAACAACAACAAGUACAACAUCAACAGAUCCAGCCUCAACAAGUAACACAACAACAAACAAUACAAAAUCUACAGCAGGUUCAACAAGGACAGAUGCAGGCUACCAGUUGUGGUACACCCAACCUGAUACAGGCAGGGAAUCAGUUAACACAAGCAACUACCAUGACUACUGGUCUCCGUACUCCUGGUAUCCCACAGGUUCAGGUUAUCCCUCAGUUACACAGCCCACCAUAUCAGAUAUCACAGUUUCCUUACAAUCAACAACAGAUUAUGUUACAAAAUGCAAUGCAAGCUGCUAUGCAGGCCAGUGCAAUGAACAUGAAUAUGACACCACAACAACAGUUAAAUAUGAGUAUGGCUAUGGCAAUGCAAGGCAGACCAUCAUCUGUUAGUGGAAUGAACAGUCCUGGCUUAAUGUCACCCAGUCCUACAACACCUACACAGCAAUUAAGUAUGAAUUUUGCCACAUCAGUACAGAAUCUAGUCACCAAUGCAGUAGCUCAGAAUGUUACAGCAAAGAGUCGGCAGACCACAGGAACAGUACAGGCACAAGCCACUGCCCUAGUAGCAGGCAAACCUAUCAUGCCAACCCAGGCAAUGCCUGGUACACCAAUUGUGUUGGGACAGUUGAGUGUUUUACCAAAUCAGGUGGGAAAUUCUCAAGGUUUUGUAACUUCAAAAGGGCAGACAUUUUCUGUAGCUGUUGCAAACAAUGGACAACAGAUGUUGACAUCACAAGCAGGAGCUUUCAGACUUUCCCAGCCUCAAGUUGUUUCCAGUACUGGACAGAUCCUUAACUCUCAGCCUUUAUACACAAAUCAGGCAAUGCUACAAGCCAUGGCUAAUCUGCAGCAGCAAGCUGCAUUUCCAUUGGCUACAAACCAGCAAUUGUUGUCAGGGACUGGCCAAUCACAAGCUAUCUUAUCUGGACAGCAGUUAUUUAUCAGAGCAGCCAAUCCCCUGCAGCCUCAGGGAAUCAUAACAGGCAUACAGAAUCUCGGCCAACAAGUGAAGGAUGGUAAAACUGAAACCAUACAAGGUCUGCAGGGAAAGGCAACAGUAGCUGGUGUUAUUGGCAAACAGGUUGUUGGGUCACAGGUUGGAAAGACAAUGAUAACACCAUUGAAUAAAACAGCUACUGCCAGAAUUAACCCAACAAUGUCUCAGCGACCAAGAAUAUCCAUACCUAACUUACCAAAAAACCCAAACAGAGGCAGACCAAGAAAUCAGAGUAAAGGUGCACCUGUUGCUAUGGCAACAGCAUCAACUAAUACAGUGGCAUCUGCUUUAUCACAGGCCAGAGCAACUGGUGCUCUCAGUCAAUCUAAACCUGCCACCCCUGUGCACCAAAUGAACCAGGCUGUUCUACUUAAAAGCCAGUCAGACUCAGAGGUGGAGACAUCAAAGAAAAAUGUAAAUGUUGAGAUGGGCAAGAAAUUGAUUGAAGACAAGAAGGAUAAAACAGAUUCCAUUGAGAAAAAGGGAGAUGUUGUUAUAGAGAAACAGAAAGCUAUAGUAAAGCCUCACAUACUUACCCAUGUAAUAGAGGGAUUUGUUAUACAGGAAGGACCAGAACCUUUCCCAGUACAAAGAUCGUCUCUAUUGACAGAAUUUAUUCCCCCUAAACCAGGCCUUGUACCUAUGGAUACAGACAGUGGAUCUGCAGGAAUGUCCAGCAGUCCAGUCCAGUCACCAAAGAAAGUAGAACAUAAAGAGCCUCCUGCUGUAUUUGAAAAGUGUGAAUUCUGUGGAACAGAAGAGCAGAUGGCUAAAUUCAGCAAAAGGUCAAAAAGGUUUUGUUCCAUGAUCUGUGCUAAGCGUUACAAUGUUGCACAUAGAAUAUCCAUGCUUAAACAAAGAGGACGUGGAACUGUUGGACGCCCACCGCUUGGAGGUAGAUAUAUGAGAAAAAGAGGGAAGCCAUUAAACCUUAGAAAAGGAUGGAGGCCUGGGCGAGGUGGAAGAUUAUCUUAUAAUACUAACUCAAAGACUCCAGGAGAGAUUGGAAUGAAAGAGAAUCAGUUUGACCAGGAGGAGAUGUCAAAUUCAUCACUGUCAGACAGUAGCUCCACACCAGACUCUCCCCCACCACCACGUCAUGUACAAACACACAGUGAGACAGAUAUGGAAACAGAUAUACCAAAGUCACAUCCUUCUAAAUGGAAUGUUGUUGAAGUGUAUGAAUUUAUCAAAGUACUUCCAGGAUGUGCACCUUAUGCCGAAGAAUUUAGAUCCCAGGAGAUUGACGGUCAAGCCUUAAUGCUUCUUAAAGAAGACCAUUUGAUGACCACUAUGAGCAUGAAGUUGGGACCAGCCUUGAAAAUUUGUGCUAAAAUAAACUCUUUGCGAGAAGGACAUGACUAAAAUAUUUUUGCCAAAGGCAGACAUUUUUAUUGGUGCAGUACACGUAAAAGUGUGAUAAUGUAUAUAUGUGUAAUAUUGUUGUGUAUGAUACAAUGUAAUUGGUUGUUAGAAUAGAUUGAAUUUAUUUGGAAUAUAUUGUUUGCUCAUAGUAGUAUGCUUGUACUAUAUAACAUAUAUGGGAAGGCCUAAAUUUGGUCCAAAAAAGGUUUAAACUGUCAUAUUCUAUCUAAACACAAUAAUUACAUCUUUUAUAUGCAUAUUAAAAUCAAGUUUUUUUUUAUACUGCAUGCUUAGUACAGCUUUGAUAGAUUGGAAAGAAUAAUAUUCCAGAUAUUAGUCAGAUUUAUGGUUUUAAUGUUUUUUAAGGUGUAUUUAGUGGAACUGCACUUAUAAACCCAAAACUAGAAAUUUGUUUAUGAAAGCACAAAAAUGGGCAUUUUCACAAAAAAGAAAUACUGUUGGACCAUGCAUGUGGUAAUAGGUCCCCUGAAGCAAAGUCUAUCCAAAUUUAGGCCUUAAUCAGUCUAAAUGAUAUUUUCAUUUAAAGUACACAUUUAUAAAAUCAGAAUGAAAUUAUCACAAAUAUAAUUUUUAUAUUGUAAUCAUCUAUUAUUUAUACAUUGUUAACAUUAUAUAUUUUAAAUAAAUGAAAAGUUAAAAGUUAAUUUAGUGACAUUUCAUAGAAUUUUAAAGUAAAAAGUUAAUUAAAAGAUAUUUAAUGGAAUUAACAGGACCAAUAAAAUUAUUCACGAAGCUACUUAUUUUUAGUACCAUGUCCAGUAAUAAGUUGUAGAUCUUUUAUUUCUGUUAAUUAAAUUUUUGAAUAUUAAAUAUCUUAUUCCUAAUUUUGACAUUUUUUUCUAAGCAGGAAAUUUUCUGGCUCAUCUUAAUUAUUGCUUGAUCUCUGUUGGUAUAUUUCAAAAAAUAUCUUUGCCUUGUUUAUUACUAUAUGUAGCAUGUAUAAUCGUGAAUAAAAAAAAGAUAACAUAUA